AUGGCUGAGCGCCAGGCGGCCACCAAGGGCCGGCGUAUGGGCUCCAGCCGGCGCAAGCAGCUGCACGAGAGCUCUGGCAAAGCCCCGGCGACAGCCCCCAGCCCCGGCGAGGAGCCGCCGUGGGCAUCCGAAAUAGUGCAGAGGGUGCAGGACUUCUUCAGGGAGCAGGACAAGGACCAGGCGGGUUUUGUCACCCGCUCGGACAUGCAGAAAUUGCAGGAGGCAGAUUGCCCGUGCAGCACAGAGGAGCUGGAGCUUGUCUUCGAUGGGCUGGAUGCUGCCAACACUGGGCGGUUAAGCACGGAGGAGUUCGCUGCUGGGCUCUGCCAGUUCCUGAGCUCCCAAAAAGCUGCCAGGGACCACCGCCGGCGGAAAACGACGUCGCGGAGGGUCCGCUUGGUCCUCCCCAGCCUGGCAUUGGAGGGGGCGGACAGUGAGGAGCAGAGACACUUUGCUGCCUUCAUGGACCAGCUGGGCACAGACAACGUCUCUGAAGAGCAGGAGAUCUGGCAGCUCUGGGUGAAGCUCCGGCAGGAUGAACCCCAGCUCCUGGUCAACCUGGAGGACUUUCUGGCCAAGAUGAGGCACCGCAUCCAAGAAGCCAGAAGGAAGAAGGAGGCUUUGGGGGUGACCCUGAACAACACGGCCCAGUGCCACCAGCAUGGCGUGGAGCUGCAGCGAGCGCUGGAGGCCAGCGAGAGGGAGGUGCAGCGCUUGGUCACGGCGCAGAGGGAGCUGGAGGCACGGUGCCACAGCCUCCGCGGCACGCAGCAGGCUGCCAGCACCGAAAACCGGCAGCUGGAGGAGAGCAACCGGGUGCUGGAGGACCACCUGCAGCACCUCCACCAGCAGCUCCAGCAGACCCACGGGCGCCUGCGGACAGCGAGGGCUGCACUGGCUCGGGAGCACGCAGAGGAGCCCGGGGACAGAGCGGCGGCAGAGCUGCCCGGCGAGAUGCCAAUGUCCCCGCAGAUGAGUCUGGAGAACAGCGCGAAGCACCACUCCAAGAUGCAGACUAGGCUGGGGUCCCAGAGCGGCAAGCUCAAAGCCAAGAGCACCCACCAAGUGCAGACACUGCCCGUCACCCCCGGGAUGAUGCUGAGCCCCAAACGGGGCUGGAGGCAGCCGCAGCCCGUGGCACAAGCCCUGGGGUCCUGCAAGAGACCCUCCCUGGACACAUCAGUCACAAGCUGUUUGAAGGAGACCCGAAAGAAGGACCAGCCCCAGCUGAGCUUCGUGCUCCAGACGUGA